AUGGCCACUGUUGUGAAGACUAACAUUGUCGCUAUUUUGGUUGCUGCCACUGCCGUUCCAGUUGCCGAUGGCGACAGAUUGACAGCGACGGGCUCACGGCAAAAAAUAGAGGAGGCCGGCAAAGUUCUGCUCUCAGACAGAAGACGGCGGCUAAGCUCUGCACGGACAAAGGACGGCAGCGAAGCCUCUCGGACGGAGGACGGAGAAGAAGUCCUUCUCUCAGACGGAGAACGACGGCAAUCGGCGGGUUUGGAGAAGAAGAAGUUAGAUGCUCUAUUGCUCUCAACCUCAGUUGCAGCUUCUCACACUCAAAAUUUUGAUUUUGUUACUGAUGUGAAUGCCAGGAAACUAUAUUGGAAUUUCAAAGUUUAUAUUGUUAGGAUAUGGAAAGUUCCAAGUAAAGAUAAUGAGAAGGAGAUUGGUUCAAUUGAAAUGAUUCUUCAAGAUUGUAAGGGUGGCAGGAUUUACGCCACUAUUCUGAGGGUGCUACCCAAGAAAUGGAGUGUAUUUGACAAUAAGAGCAUCUCAAAGAAUGGUGUUAGUAGGAUGGUACUAACAUUCUCUCAUAGAACAAUGGUUAAUCAUGUGGAUAACCCAAGCUUUUCUCUAGAAGCAUUUAGGUUGAGAUCUUUUAGUGAUCUUCUAACAGAAGAUAGAUUGGAACAUUCUGAGAUGUUUGAUCUGAUUGGUAAGGUGGUCGGUAAGAAAGACCCGCGAAACUUGAUCACUAGCAAGGGUUUAAUGACUAAGCGUAUGGUCGUUAUUUUGGAAGAUCUUGGGAAUAACAAAAUGAGUUGCACAUUGUUUGGUCAGUUGGUGGACCACAUUCUUCCACAUCUUGAUGAUGGGAGAGUUGAGCCACUUAUUGUGGUCCUUAAAUAUUUUAAAGCAACAAGAUUGCUCAGUGGCGGUCCAUCGAGCUCAGCUAGGAUUAGCCAUGUGUCCUCUCCGGCUGCGUGGUCUGUAAAUGAUGAGUUUAACCGUGGAUCUAUUAGUGUGAAGACUAUCGAGGAUGCACUAAAAUCUGUUAAGGAAGGAAAAAACGAUUGGUUUUAUAAAGCAUGUAGGAGGUGUCCCAAGAAGGUUGAAACCCCCAUUGGUGAUCGGUACAAGGUUGAAGUAAUGGUUUAUGAUGGAUCAGGUAGCAUCAACCUACCUUUGUGGGAUAGAGAGACAACUCAGUUAUGUGGGAAGCAGGCAGACAAAAUCGUUCUCGAGGAUGCAGUUGGAGAUGACGAUUAUCCACCAUUUCUUAAUAACAUGAUGGAUAAGAAGGUGUUUUUAAAGAUUAAUGUUAAAUCUGCCAAUAUAAAGCAAUAUGAUCUAGUUUACACCGUGAUAAAAGUUUGUGAUGAUGAGGAUAUUAGCCUCAAGCACCUCCCAACAAAUAUAUCCUCUAAUCAAUCUGCUCAUGUCCAUGAGGCUGACUGCAGCAACUCAAUCGACGUGUCAAGUAAUGUUGUGGCUAUCAUCAGCGAUAAUGAUCCUGAACUUACUUUGGAUUUUAUGGAAGAAUGUAUCUCAAGCGUCAAGUUCAAAACACCAGCUAAGAGAGCUGUCGGCGGUUCAAAACAUGGAUUAAUCAAUGUUAACAACUUAGAGGAUGAAGGGAAGUUGUCCACUAAUAAGUUUAAGUGCAAGGGUGCAAAGAAGUUGAGGUCCUAG